AUGGCUUCCCACGACCCUGUCGCCGGUUCCGCCGACCUCCUCACCCAUGAAGGUGAAGGUGACCGGGCUGAGCUCAAGAAACAGGAUGAUACCGCUUUAUUGGAAACUAUGGGCUAUAAGCCAGUUCUUCAUCGGACAUACACUUUGUUCGAGAAUUUUUCAACCACGUUCGCUGCUCUGUACUUUGUUGGCGGUGUCCGCGUUACUUUCAGCACUGGUAUUGCCGCCGGUGGAAACCUGGCCUAUUGGACUAGUUACCUAGUAACCAUGGUAUUCACGUUCAUUACUGCUGCUGUCAUCGCCGAGGUCUGUUCGGCUUCUCCAUCCGCCGGGUCAAUCUACUUGUGGGCCGCCGAAGCUGGUGGGCCUCGAUUUGGCCGACUGCUUGGCUUUAUCGUCGCCUGGUGGAGUACAACGGCUUGGACGACUUUCUGUGCAAGCAACACCCAGGCUGCGGCGAAUUACAUGCUUGCGGAAAUAACCGUAUUCAACCUCGAUUUCCCAUCAGACUCAAGCAGCGUGAAGUUCCGCGCAGUCCAGUGGAUCUGCACUGAGAUCUUGCUUGCUCUGGCCGCCCUGUUGAACUUUUUGCCUCCUCGCUAUUUCAAAUAUGUCUUUUGGUGGUCUUCCGCAGUCGUGAUGCUCGACUUUAUCCUGAACAUUGUCUGGCUGCCCAUUGGCACCGCUCAAACCUGGGGAUUCCGUACCACCCACGAGGCCUUCAUGACCACGUACAACGGUACCGGAGCCCCGGCUGGCUGGAACUGGUGUCUUUCUUAUCUUGCUACCGCUGGCAUUCUGAUUGGGUUUGAUGCCUCGGGUCACGUUGCGGAAGAAACCAAGAAUGCGUCGAUCACUGCUGCGCGUGGUAUUUUCUGGAGUACCGUUGCCAGUGGGUUCGGUGGUUUGGCUACGAUUAUUCUCUUUUUGUUCUGCGCUCCCGACGCCGACACACUCAUGGGUUUCGGUGGGCCCCAACCCUUUGUGCCUCUUUACGCUGUUGUUCUAGGCAAGGGCGGCCAUAUCUUCAUGAACAUCAUUUGCAUUUUCGCUUUGUGGCUGAACACCGCAAUUGCCAUCAUCGCCGCCUCUCGCCUUGUCUUCGCCGUCGCCCGUGAUGGUGUACUCCCAUUCUCCGGCUGGGUCUCUCGUGUAAAGGACGGUCAGCCACGGAACGCAGUUAUUGUUGUCUGGGUUGUCGCCGCCCUAGUCAGUUGCACCAUUCUUCCAUCCGCCACGGCUUUCACUUCCCUUGUCUCGGCAGCCGGUGUCCCCAGCGCUGCCGCCUACGGUCUGAUCUGUCUGGGUCGACUAUUCUGCACUCCGUCGCGGUUCCCGAAGCCACAGUGGAGUCUCGGCCGCUGGAGUAAGCCGUUCCAGUUCAUUGGUGUCUUCUGGAACGGCUGGGUUGUCGCUGUCCUGUUCUCGCCCUACGUGUUCCCAGUCACUGGCGAGAAUCUGAAUUACGCCCCCAUUAUCAUGGCUGGAGUCACCAUCUUCGCAUUGAUCUCCUACUUCAUGAUGCCAGAGAGUGCUUGGCUUCCUCGAGACCGCAUCACUCACUUUAUUGAUAGUAAGGGCGCUGUCCAGGCGACCGUGGAUGAAGUUGGCUCUACUGACCAUGGUGAAACGAGUGGUGGUCAAUGA